AGUGAUUCUCAUUCCGUUGCAUUGCGUUGCACAUAGUCACGACUCGCGCACCGUUCUUAACGUUCGACUCGUCCAGUGGAGUAAAAUAGAGAAACGAAAUCGGUAUCGUUACAGAAACGUUUUGUUUUUUUUUUUCUCUAGAUACAAUCGCGCGCGUAUAUAAACAUAUUUAUACGUCCUUAUCCGAAAUCGAAUUUAUAAAUUCCCGCCAGUUGCCGACUGACGUGCAUACCGGUAACAAUCUCUUAGUGCGAAUUGAUGAUAAUAAUAAUUUAAAUUAUUUAUUUAUCGGUCCAUACGUUAAACGGAUUAUAAAAAAUAAUAUUGAAUAUUAGAAUUGUAUUGAUUUAACAAUACGUAUACGGACAGUGAAAAAAAAAGUAACGAUAAACGGAACAUAAGAAAAAUAAUUUCAGACAGAAUCAGAUCGACAGAAAUCAGUCGAAUUUGUUAGAAAAUCGUUAGCUCCGAAGAGGGAAUCUCGUCGUUGAUUCCUUAUUUAUUAUUUUUUUUUUCGGAACACUUGCAUAUUAAUAAAAAAAAGCUAUGGCUUUCAUGAUGCCUGUUGUAAAAAACGAUUACAAUAUUUACAAAUCGAACCGGAAUAGACGCGUUUCCGAGUGUUCCAACGACAAGACGUCCGCCUCGUCGGCUUCGUCGUGCGGUGGCACCAGACGGGUGCACAGCGGUUCCCGGUCGGCGGACGGUCCGUCGCUAUCCACGUCGCCCGGCAGCGAUUUUAUGGUAGGAUCACCGGCCCAUCGGUCACUCGGUGGAGUGUCCAAGCAGACAGCUUUUCACCACGGCAGUCUGCAGCACCACCACGGGGUGGCGUCCAGAAACUCGUCACGGAACUCGCAGUCCAGCCUGCAGAGCCCCGCCAAAUCUUCGUCGUCGUCCUCGUCACCACCAAAGGUGUCGUCCACGUCGUCGCUGAACAUGUUCCACUCGAAGCUCGUCGAUAAGCUCAGACGGUCGCUGACGUCGAAGUCCAAAGACAAUAGCACAACGACAGCAUCUAGUAAGGAUAUUGCAAGGAGAAGAUCCUGAGAUAUGGCCAAAGGUGACGACCAUCAACGGUCAGUACCAAAUCUGACUAGAUCAGCAAAAAGCCGGCCAGUGUCCUCUAUGGCCACAUCCUGUCCAUUGGGCACCAAUAUUGCGCUAUGACAAAAUAAACAGUAAAAAAUCAAGAAAACCAACAGAAAAUCAUAGUGUACUCUUGCGUGCAAGGGUAAGUGCCGGCACUUUGUUUAGAAUAAUAAAUUAUUUAUUACACGAGUCGCAUCUAUUUUAAAAUGCUUGACUUGUUUUUUUAAAUGGAUGCGUCGUGUGUUUUGGUUAAUAAUAGAGAGUAUUCUAAAAAUUGUAUAAAUAAUAGCCUAUUUUAAGUUGAUACCUAGCCUAUAUUAUAUAUAAAAAAAAAUGUAUUAGUUACAUUUUUUAUGUACAUAUUAAUAUUGACAGCUUAUGUGGCUUAUCUCAGCAUUAUGGUUUAUUUUUAAUAUUAUUUUUUAGUACUUUAUGAAUACUACUAUAUGAAAAUUAAAGAAGGUACUCGACUAAUUAUAACUUAAGCCUAUCAAUCAAUAGGGGACAAGGUCUUAUAACCUUAAUGUUUAAUGUAUUAUAUUAUUGUUGAAAAUGUCUUGAUGUAUUAACAGUGAUCAAAAAAUGAGGGUUUUUUAAAAUUAAGAUACUCUGAUAGUGUCAAAUAUAAAAUCAAUGCAAUUUAAAUACAAUUUUAAAUCCAACAGGAUUCUAGGCAAGAUUUAAAUUAAAUACUUGGUAGGCUCUUAUUGUUCUUUCUUACCAACCCGCCUACUUUAGUGUAUAAAUAAAUGUAUAUAAUAUUAUAUCAAUAUGUAAUUUGGGGGUAAAAUUUCAUUCAAAAGCUUUUUUUUUUUAUAAAAUAUUACAGAUCAAAUAUUUUUAAGAUAUAUUGAAAAGUAUUUAUAUAGAAUAUUUUGGCUGCAAUAAUUUAUAACUCGCACUCCAUAAGUCUGAUCGACCAAAUAAAAUUAAAAAUACCAUAUCACAAAAUGUAUUCUUUUGCAAAUAAUUUUAAUGUAGUUUUCGUUCGUAAGGGGCAACAUAUGUCCUACCUGGAUACUCAAUAAUAGACUGUACUUAAAUUUGUUAGAUGUUCAUUAGGCUGUUACGUUGUAUCAUAAAGGGAAAAUUAUUUUAAUGGGUUGGUAAGUUAAGUCUGAUGCUCUGUUUUGUUUAUAAUAGGUAAAAAUUAAUCAACCAUAUAUAAUCUGUGAUACGUUUGUUACUAUUUUUUUAAGAUAUUCAGCUUUUAUCUUUAUUUAUCUAGGUAAAUAGGGUUUACUACAACAUGAAAAUAAAAACUGUUAUUGUUUUGGAGUUAGCUUAAAAAAAAUAUUAUUAUUACAUUGGGCGCCUAAUCAUUAAUUCUCAAUUAUUCAUUUUCCAAGAACAAUUCUCAUUUUUUUGUCAUAAUUAUGAAUAUUAUACAUUCUCUAUCAAAAAAGUGAAAAAAAAUUAUCAUAAAACUUUUUAAUGUAUAAUAUGUGUAUGUAUACAUAAUAUACGUUUAACUCCCUCAUAUGCAAUUAAUCAUUUAAAACAAAUAGCUUCCACAGUUAUAUUAAUUUUAACAUUCAUACAUAGUUAUUCAAUUUAGUUUUAAUUCAUUUUCUUGUAAUAGUUAAAAUGGUUUUAAUAAUUUAAAAAUUAAAGUACAAAAUAAUAACUAGUAAGAAACUAUGUUACCAUUCAUUUUUUAUUUUAAAAUGUAUGGAUAUCAUAAAUCUUGAUACAAAUUUUUCAUAGUAUAACCACAUCAUUAAAUCAUAGCUAAAUUAGUAUAACAGAAAAUUAUUAUAUUCAUUUAUUUUUGAUGGCGCCCAAACCACAACAUAAAUAAUACUUGUCUAGAAACCAUAAUGAGUUACAAUACUAAAUGUGAUAAUUACUAUUUACUUGUCCUUUGAAAUACAAUAGUCAAAAAUAUUUGUUACGUUUAAUUAUAUAUUUUGAUGAAAAAAUGAAACUAGUCUUUUUAUUUUUUAUUUUAUUAAGUUAAUUUCCUGUCAUGUCUGAUACCAAAAUAAAUUUUAUCACCGGUUUUUUUUUUCAAUAAAACAAAAUCAUUGAAUUAGACUGAUUGAUAGACUAAAUAAUUUACACAGUAUUAAUAUAAUUGUUUUGGAACUUCAAAGAAAAUGUACUUAAAAAAGUCUUACAAAAUUAUGCUGUCUUACACAUAAAUUAUUAUAACUAAAUUAUUAAAUUAUCUUUAUUUACUUUAUUUACUUUAUUUGUUUAUGUUUUUCUGUCUGUACGCAAAAAAAAUUAAUUCUAUAUAAGUCUAUUUUAUUGUAUAAGUGCCGGAAGAGAAAAAUGUAUUUUACAUUUUGAUUUGUAAUACAAUUGUAAUAAAAUCCUUAAUUAAUAAAAUAUUAUUUUUUAUUGUUCAA